AUUGUUCUGUGUUAACUGAAAGAUGAGGGCAAAUCAAUUGAAGUGUAUACAUGGAUGUAUUCUUUUCAUAUCUUUGACAUUCUUCGGAUUUGGGCUCAACUGGUUAGUGAACUCAUAUGAAGGAAAAGAACCAGUGAACUCAUAUGAAAGAAAAAACCCAAGCACUAUCGACAACGUUGAUGCUGGCUGUUGGAACAAAGAUUUUCGAAAAAUUGUAGGUAAAGGGUUUUACCGAUGUCGUAAAGGUGUGAUGAAAUGGUCUAGAGCUGAUGUCAUUAAGGAGCUUAUGAAAUUUAAAGAUGUUUAUGACAAUCGUCCUUCAGCAACAAACAAAUGGGGCACAAGAAUAAUGCACCAAUUUGGACUGUGGAUAAUAAUUCGACAACUUGACCCUCUAUAUAUAAUCGAAAGUGGAAUAAACAGUGGUCUAGGGACAUGGAUGUUGAGACAGGCUGCCCCUACUGCAAAACUUAUAAUGCUCGAACCUAGUAAGACAAAUCUAAUAUACAAAGAUACAAUGAACGACAGUGUCUAUCUUCAAGGUGUUAACUUCAAAGAUUUCUCUGAAGUAAAGUGGGAAAAAUACAUUAGUAACAUGGAUAGGUCACUCGUGUUUUUUGAUGACCAUCAGUCUCAUUAUAAACGUGUGAAACAAUCAAAAGACUUGGGGUUCAAACAUCUAGUAUUUGAUGACAAUGGCCACCCUACUAAAGGAGAUGUAUACUCCAUAAGUCAAGCAUGUGAUGCAGGACGUUGUAUCACAGAUAUGGUAAACGAAGGGGUUAAAAUAGUUAUGAAGGAUAAUUUUGGAAAAGUGAAGAAAGUCAUAUCUGAUGAGGAAUCAAUCAAAAUGGCUCAGUACAUAUAUGACUCGAUUGAUACAUACUACCAAGUACACCCACUGUGGAACAUAACUAAGGCAAGAAGAAAAAAAAUAGGUUUUUAUUUAUUACCACAUGACAUAUCAUACAAAAUCAACCCACUUCCUUUGCUGACAAAGCAGCAAGCAGAAAUAUAUCAGAAGAAUUUUACGCACCAGCCACUACAAAUGGACGAUUUGAAUCAAUAUGCAAAUAUGUGCUAUAUUAGAUUGAAGUAGAUCUUGUUAACUGGAAGCACAUAUUAGAUUAUCACUAUAUUAAUAUAUAGUUUCAAAUUGUAGC